GGAAGCGCAGAAAGGCCCGAAGAUUCUGCCGUCGCAGCUCCAGGGCGCUGCGGUCGCUCCAUGGCCGGGCGCCACCGGCCUUCUGGCCACCGUCCCUGACGACAUGGCACACAAGGAUUACGACAUGAUUACAGGUCACAGCGGGGUCAACCAGCUCGGCGGCGUCUUUGUCGGUGGUAGGCCCCUGCCCGACUCGACCCGCCAAAAAAUCGUCGAACUGGCCCACUCGGGCGCCCGGCCCUGCGACAUCUCACGCAUCCUCCAGGUCAGCAACGGCUGCGUCUCCAAGAUCCUCGGCAGGUACUAUGAGACGGGCUCGAUAAGGCCAAGAGCGAUCGGCGGUAGCAAGCCCCGGGUCGCGACGGCCGAGGUGGUCAACAAAAUAUCCUUGUACAAGCAGGAGUGCCCCUCGAUUUUCGCCUGGGAAAUUCGGGAUCGCUUGCUGCAGGAGGGCGUCUGCUCCAACGACAACAUACCGAGCGUUUCGUCGAUAAACAGGGUGUUGCGAAACCUCGCGGCGCAAAAGGAGCAACGCCAACAGCACCAGCAGCAGCAACAGCAACAACAGACGGGCGUCGGUGGCGUGGGUGUGGGCGUGGGCGCGGCCAGUCCCGCGGAGAGCGUCUACGACAAGCUGAGGUUACUCAACGGCCAAACCACGGGCUGGCCUAGACCGAACCCAUGGUAUCCGUCUGGAGCUGGUAGUCCCUUUUCGUCCCUGCAACCGAGCUUGAGCCCGAGCCACUGUACGGCCCUGCCUCCCGACCCUGCGGACAUUCUGCACGCGAAAAAAGUGUCGGAGCUUGAAGGUGGCGUCCACUCGGACGAAACGAACAGCGGCGGGGACAACAGCAACGCGGGCAGCGUAGGCGGGGCGGAUGACGAUCAGGCGCGGCUGCGGCUGAAACGCAAGCUCCAGAGGAACCGGACGAGUUUCAGCAACGAGCAGAUCGACGCGCUCGAGAAGGAGUUUGAGCGCACGCAUUACCCGGACGUGUUCGCCCGCGAGAGACUGGCCGGGAAGAUCGGCCUGCCCGAGGCGAGAAUACAGGUCUGGUUUUCGAAUCGGCGUGCAAAGUGGCGUCGCGAGGAGAAGCUGCGCACCCAGCGAAGGGACAAUCCGCAGCAGCAACAACAACCCCAGCCUCAGCCGUCGCAGCAGCAACAACCACAGCAGCAACCUGCGGGCGUCGGUGGCGUAACUUUGGGCCAUCCGACGCCUCCACCGUCCUCGGGGAUCCUCGGGGGUCAGCCGCCCCAGCCCCCCUCGCCGCCCAGGCUACACCAUGGCUUUGCACCCUCCGUUUACUCCAGUAUACCCAGCAUGCCCGACACGGGCUACAGUUCUAUGGCGUCGAUGUCGUCGUUUUCGUCGCCGAUGACAUCGCUGACGAGUGGCGCCGGCAACGGCAACGGUGCCAAUGGUGGUGGUAACAACGGACAGCCCAACCUAGGUGGCAACCAACAACAGCACCCAAACUCGAUGUCCCCGAUGUCACCACUGUCGUCGAACGGCGUGCUGGGCUCGAACCCCAGUCCCUCGGCGAUGAGUCCGAUGGGCAUGACGGUGGGAAUGACAGUGGGCCCGUCGCCGGGGGCCUGCCUCCAGCAGCGCGACGUCAACAACGGCUACUCGUGCGCCGUGGGCGUGGGCCGGGCUCCGAGUACCGGUUACGAGCCCCUGCACCUCGGCUACGGCGCCAGGCCCAGUUGCAGUCCCACGCAACCUUACCACUCGGCGGCUGCCGCAGCUGCUGCCGCGGCCGCCGCCGCCGCCGCCGGGCUUAAUCAGUACAACCACCAUCACCACCACCACGUGCCGAACCACCACCAUCACCAUCACCACCACGCGGCCAGCUCGACCGGUCUGAUAUCGCCAGGGGUGAGCGUGCCGAUCGCAGUGCCAGGACAGCCCGGCCCCGACAUGGCAGCACAAUAUUGGUCGCCGAGGCUGCAGUGACCGUCGUGGUACUCGUUGGCGUCAACUUCCCUGUAAUAAGCUCAAUAACGCGAUUUAUCGCUAUUAAAAGUUUUAAAUACAAAACACCAUCAAAUUAAUGUGUAUUAUGUAUACACUUGCCGAUUUUUCGUAAUAUGAAAUUGAGCGAGAGUGAAAGAGAGAGUGCGAGCGAGCUACGAGAUUCUGUCGAACGAUCGAUCGUUGUUGCGUUCGUUAUAAAUUUGUAUAAUUUUGUAUAGUCAAUCCCCCCUCACGAUUUUCGUGUUUGUGCAUUACGAAGAGUUCUUUAUCGUUGUUGUUAACUUAUAAAUCGUUUAAUUUUUAUUCUCGCACGUAUACAUAUACCUGUAAAUUGAAUUGAUCGUCGAUUCAUAAGUGAAUAACGAGUCAUUCAGAGUCUACGCAUUAGAAAGUAAAAAUUUUUAAUUAAAUCAGAGCUGGAAACUGACAUAAACGAAUCCCGUUUCACUUAAAGUUUCAUGGUCACGGUGCCUUACGUGUUUCAGUGGAAUUUUAAUCGGAAAGCUCUGAAUAUUACGUGAUUUUUACCUUUUAUUGCUUAUUUGCUUUUUGGGAAACAGGAAAGACAAUGCACAAAGAACGAGCACCAUUUGCCCGAGUAUGUCAACGAGACACUGUUGUAUACCUAAAAUUUAAGAAAAACAAAUGUUGAAAGUAGGAGAAAAGUGUUCUCGAAAUGAUGUGCGAGUGAGUUUUCUUGAAAGAAAAUCCUUGUGAAAUAAUAUGGACAAAAUUAAAAAAUUAAUAAAUCCCUUCAUCACUAGGAACGCGUUGAUCGAAUCUUGUACAGUUGAAAUUUAUAGUGUUGAUGAAUUGAAGGAAACGAGCGUCAUCAACCUGUGUGUACUUAUGUAUGAUCUGGUAUUAUUUUACGGAAGCUUGCAAGCACGAUGUAUCCAAGCCAUCUUGCAAGUAACAUCCUUAAUGCAUUGAAACAAGAAGCUUGAAGAGGAAAUAUUAAUUUCUUAAGAAGAACUCUUAUUUCUUAUAUUAAGCAUUGACUUAUUGAGAAAAAAAAAAAAAAAAAACUUUUUCCAUUUGCCAGGACAGGAAAAGGCUUCUUUUAACAUUAACUGUGUUUCCUAGUUUUUAAUUUGAUGUUUUAUUGCUUUGUCCCACUGCAGUUAACUUCUAGCCAACAAUAAAUUUCGUAGUUGGACAAUGCUGAAAUAUAUGCAAUGCAAUAUAACCUCUGUUAGAAUAAGGUCGAAUUGUUAUUGUUAAGACACAGGCUUCCUGUUUUGGUACAAGGACUUUUUUUAAUUACGUAAAAUAUUUGUCGACGUGUAGGAUUUUUUGGUUCAAAUGCGUGUACUUCCUCAUAUUUUUAUGGUGAUAAUGUUCAAGCGACAAAAUAUAACAAUCAAAUACAACUUAUUUUAUUAUAUACUUAGCCUUUCAAAUCGUUAAAAAUUCAUGAAUUCAUCUUAUGUGAAUAUGUGAUGAUCACCAUGCCAUAAUUAUACUGUUUUGUGUUAAUCUUUAUUAAUUUUAUGGACCCGCGGAAACUGGAGUCACUUGUUACUUCGUUUAUACUUGCUUGUUAAUCAGCGCCAUCUAGCGUGUGAUUUUUCUCGUCGCUCAUAGACCCUACUGACGUUUUUUUUUUGGCCGGCGAAGAAAAGCACAACUCAGA